CGGGCGGCUGGCAGCUGUGGCGCCGCCAUGGCUGCGCUGGUGGAGCCGCUGGGGCUGGAGCGGGACGUGUCCCGGGCCGUGGAGCUCCUGGAGCGGCUCCAGCGCAGCGGGGAGCUGCCCCCGCAGAAGCUGCAGGCCCUCCAGCGAGUCCUGCAGAGCCGCUUCUGCUCCGCCAUCCGGGAGGUGUACGAGCAGCUCUACGACACUCUGGACAUCGCCGGGAGCGCCGAGAUCCGGGCCCACGCCACGGCCAAGGCCACGGUGGCUGCCUUCACAGCCAGUGAGGGCCACGCACAUCCCAGGGUGGUGGAGCUGCCCAAGACAGAUGAGGGGCUGGGGUUCAACAUCAUGGGCGGCAAGGAGCAGAACUCGCCCAUCUACAUCUCCCGGGUCAUCCCCGGAGGCGUGGCCGACCGCCACGGAGGCCUCAAGCGUGGGGACCAGCUGCUGUCGGUGAACGGUGUGAGCGUGGAGGGCGAGCAGCACGAGAAGGCGGUGGAGCUGCUAAAGGCCGCCCAGGGCUCGGUGAAGCUGGUGGUCCGGUACACGCCCCGCGUGCUGGAGGAGAUGGAGGCCCGCUUCGAGAAGAUGCGGUCCGCCCGCCGGCGCCAGCAGCACCAGAGUUACUCAUCCUUGGAGUCCCGAGGUUGACAGCACAGAUCUUGGACCCUCACCCUCACCCCUGUACAGUAUUUAUUGUCGCUGGCUCCUUAUUUAAAGAUGUUGGACCCC